GUUGAAUUUUUUUGCAUUCAAAUUUAAAAUUAAAAAAAUUGCAUGUGAGAUUUCCAUUAUAAUCCAAACGGUGUUACACGGUUGUAGGUGAGUUGUUCCGCCGGGGACUUGUUCCAUAAGAAAAAGGUGAGUUGUUCCGGCCAAUCAGAGCAAAGAGUCGCGCCCCCCUUUACAGUAGGGUAGUUGUUCCAUGAGUAUUUGAAAGAUAUAUAUUGAUUUAAAUGAUGGCAUUCAAAAUUUAUUUCAAAGAUACGUCAUCUUUUGAAAAAUCAAUUACAUGAUAAAAUUCCGAAACAAUUUUGAAAUUUGAUUGCAUUAUUAUAUUCUAAAUCAGGUUUUCCCCCACGUAUAACUUUUUCACAAAUUAAAUAUACAAUCAAUAUUUCUCUAAGCCUUAAGUCUGCUACUAUAAUCAUAAUUUCCUAUUCAAUUUGGUCUAUAAAAUUAUUUUAAUAAUGCUUUUAUUGCUUGUUGGUUUUUUUACUUAAUUCUAGUUGUGAAUUUUUUGUUGAAUCGACUUCUUCGUUAAUAUUUUGGACGGACAUUGCUGAAAAUUUUGAUUUGGGCGCUAAAAUGAAAUUGAAUUUAUAUCAAUUUAAAACUCGUGCAAAUUAAGUUUAUUAAAAAAAUCAUUGCUCACGGACGCUCACGGAGUGUUUAAUAUAUUAAAUCUUUAUUUAAAAAAUUAUUACCCUGCCAACGUAUUCGGGAUUUUCAAUUUAACUAGCAAUAAUUAUAAAUUCAAAACAAUCGACUAUCUAGAAAAUUAAAUCAGAGGUGAAAGUGAGGAAAAAAUUAAUCUUUUAGUGUUUCUUCGCCUGGAACAACUCCCCUAUUGUGCAGGGGGCGCGGCACUUUGCUCUGAUUGGCCGGAACAACUCACCUUUUUCUUAUGGAACAAGUCCCCGGCGGAACAACUCACCGUAUACCAUCUCCCUUCCCCCUCUCCCGUAUUCCCGCUGCUUAAUAAGCAGCGGGAACAAUUGUGCCAAAAUAAAUCAAACCCUCCUCAGGUCAGCUGGCGCCUGGCGCACAACGCGGAUGCCACACGCAAGGAGUUUGGAACUAACUCCUCGGUCCGGUCACAUUGCACACACGCAUUUCUGUUUUGCAGCCCGACUUCGAUCUCCAGCGUCGCCCUGAAAAGGGUAGAUUUUAGGGUGCACGGCUGCACGCAGAGCCGCAGAGUGAUCAAACCUGCGACCUUCACGCACUUGUCAAUCAGAUUCCCAUUUGUAUUUUUCGUGGUUUCAGAUUGCAUACCUGAUUUUGGAACAACAAUGAGCAAGAAUAAAAAGAAGAAAGUGAAUAAUGGAAAAGUCGGAAUAAUAAGCAGGGAUAAUCUGCACUACCUGCAGCACACAAUGCACCGGGAACUGCCACUAUCACCUACUGAACUAGCAGAUGAAGAGAUUGAGAAAUCAUUCUUCCUAGAACUGACCAAGCAUGUGGCUUAUUUACCCUACCUUCCGUGGAUUGAGUGCUGCAAGGACAGUAAACAACCAUCGGACGAUGUUCUGUCAACUCGAGAAUCAUUCCUCAAAAAUAUAUUUUUCACCAAAAACAAACUGCUUAUGACACUCUACCUCACCCAGACACUGGCCAUGCCAGAGUAUGCAGACAAAGAAUUCUACACUUGUCAGCUCUUGUUCUGCGGAAAAUCCAAGACGGAGGAGGAUCGAUUCUACGACCUCACCAUGGCAACUCGGACAGCCUUCAGUAUUGAAUGCUCAGGUCUUUCCUUCUGGAGCAAGGUGGAUGAGGCCGCCAGGGAUAAUGACAAGUCUACACUGAUGGCCUUGGCAGCUUUUGUCACCAAUUACUCGUCAUGUGAACUUUCUUCGCACAGAAUGAAAAACCCUGCUGCGAGGGGAAAUAAGGAAACUGCUGAGGAGGAUUUCCUGUUCAACGAGGGAGUCCUUUGGCAACUGCAUUUCAAUCCUGUCCUGCUCAACCAGUGGCUUGUGGCAGCUCAAAACGCUUUGCUGAAUUUUGAAAUAAACCACAACUUUCAUACUUUCAAGAGCUCAUCCUUUCCACCACAGAUUGCCUCUGCAGUCCAAAUUAUCUUGAUGUUAUUUAGUGAUCUGCAAAGAAGACUGAACUACGGAUUUGCCCUGAUUGGCCAUCAGGUGAAAAUGUAUCCAAAAAAGGACGAUAGAGUGACUACACUGAUUAUGGAGGACGUCGUUGCACCCUGUUUGGGCUAUCUGAAGGCGUUCCUUUUUAGAGAUAAUAACCAUGAGUUAUUCCUAUUACACUUCUUUAAAUCUCUGCCUGGUGUAAUUGCGCAACUUCGUGCCAAGAAUGAUAAAACUGAAGAGAAAAAAGAAGUUUUCAUUCAUAAUGGAAACAUCUUUGUGGACUCUGAUAAUGAACUAGAGGAAUCUAUGUAUACCUUUUCGUAUUGGGUCAACAGUUUUAAAGUGAUCAAGCCUUGCUUUGGUGACAUCAUUACAAAAAUCGAGGAUCUGAAGGCAAAAAUCAACGAGAGCAAGGUAUUCUCACUUUUGGACGAAGCACCAAUUUUCACGAGCUCACUUGACAAAGCUUUAAACAAGGUUUAUCUCUCGAAGUCAGCAAAUUUAAAAUUUCUAGAUCACACGAGCUACACAAAGUUUUUAAAAAAUGUAGUUACCGAAAUGUCGAAAACAUACAAUGGAACCCAAGUUCACACUAUCACUCAGAGCAGUUGCCUGCUAACUUUGCUUGUUCAAGAGCACAAUUCCAUCAUGCUCGGUUUGCUAUCCAGAUCGACCCCUUUUGUUGCAAACCGAACAUUACAUCAAGAUGCUGAUGAAAGCUUUUUGAUAGAGUUGGACAUUAACCGAGCAUUUUGGAUCUUUGAUGAAUUUGUAAAAGCUGAUGGCUUUCAGAAGAUGGUUGACAAAAGUUUGGAAGGAUGGAAUGGAUCGAGCUAUAUUCCCGAAAAGCUUUUGCAGACGCUGGACCAAGCCAAGCCGCAGAACUCAAUUGAGGAACGUGUGUUCCAACUGGCAAAGCAAAUGGUCCAUGUGGAAACUAAAAGUAAUCCAAGAUACCCUGACUGGACCUUCAUCUACUACAUCCUGCCAGCUUUUGUGAAUUGCUUCCGCAAAGAUAGUAGCCCCGAUUUCAAGUACAAGUUGUCCAUGUUCUUCCUUGAGGAGCUAGUAGAUCUUUUUUCCAAAGAUCAUGAUGCUUGGAAGUCUCGAUCAGGUCCUGAAGAAACAACAACCAACCUGCUUUCAGGAAAUCCAAGACAUGUGACAUCCCUCCUGGCGUUUAGGAGAAAGUUCCUGGAUCGUAUUUGCAGUGUUGUGCCAAAGAAGUUCAGAACAAUCUCAACUCCGAUAAUGAAGUUGAAUGAGCUGCUCUCCCAGAACGCAGCCAACAAUGUUCCAUCCACAGACCCAGCCAUGACCAAAUAUCUGCACAGGCUGGCCCUGGAUUGGACCCUGAAAGGUGCUUCCUGGACGAACAUGAUAAUAUUCGCGCUGACGGAAGGCAUGGCUAGAUUCGGGUCUUUGUGUGCAUCUGCAGAGGCUUCACCGGCUCCGUCACAGCUCAAAAGCCUGCUGCUGGCAGUUUACGCAAUGAUUGAACUGGUGACUGUUUACCAGACUGAAUCCUCUUUGGCCAAAGGUUGCACCUUCAGACUGCAGACUCUUGAGGAGGUCUACUUGGAUCUGCUGGGAGGAAGCAAAGGAAGGGGCCAAACUGCAGUCACAGCCUGGCAAAGGCUCGGCGUCCUUCUGCACCAACUGUACGAAAUGUGCAAGACCAUUCUAGUCCCGGAAAACUACGCCCCACCAAACUGCUACCCUGAGAACACCAAGCUCAUUCUCAAGUACUUCGUCCAAAAGGACCUGCGCAAGCUCAAGCUGGAAAUUGCUUCAAUGUGCAUCGAUCUUGAUCGCCAAAAUUGGACUUGGGCUGCCUUGGAGGUCAUCAAGAGACCUUCUGAAAAGCUGUUGUUUGCACCAUACCUCUCAAGACUUGAUAAAGAAGAGGGCAAAAUCAGAAGCUGGAAAGAAGACUUGUUGCUGCCCCUGAAGCACUGCCGUUUCUGCGGAAGAGUCGAAGAGAAUCUGGUCAUGUGCAGCUUUUGCGAGGAUGAUGAAGAAUAUCCUGAUGUCAACUGGUUCUGCGGAGAGAGGUGCGAGAAUCUUGCCAUGAAGAAGUGUCAGCACAACGAGGAGCAUGACCAAUUCAUAAUUGAGAAAAUCAGUAUCUGAAAUCUCAUGAUAUACAAUUUUUUUCACAUACAUGUUGAAAAUAUGAUAUUUUCCAUUAUUUUUACAUAUUUUUUUUCGUUUUUUCUUAUCUAUAAACCUAAUAAUUCUAAUGAUAAUGAAAGAUUUAAUUUAUUCUACUAUUUAAAUAAAAAAUUUAUGAAAUUGAUAUUUUAAAAUUAUGAUUUUUAUGUCUUACAGUUUAUUGAUUUUUAUUAGUGCAGUUUAACUUAUUACAACAAAAGUUCGACAUAAAAUACAAUCCAUUUAGCUUUUAUAGUCCACGGAAAUAUUUGGAAUUAUUAUAUCACCGGCCGUUUCAAUCAAAAUUUAAUUCUCACUCGUAAAUGUUCUUAAUUUAAAAUUUGAAUGCAAAAAAAAUCUUGGUCGUAGUAGUUUCGGCUUGAAUUUAAGUUUCUUCAUUAAAAAGCUAUUAUAUUUAUUUUAUUCUUCCAUUUGAUACAUAGUCAUGAACACUAAUAUUUAUAUAUUUUCAAUAAUUUUAUUAGUUAUAGGAUUUUAGCGGCCAGUUAAACUUUAAAUUUCAGCUUAUUCUUGCACAUUUUGGAAGCAUGAAAAAUGAUUUUAAUAAAUUUCUAUUAUUUAGUUU